UGUUAUCUGACCUCGUGAUAUCGCCAGUGACACGGCCUUGUGUCCGCAGUUCACAGCUAUAAGUGUUGAGUUCUGCAUCCCUGUGUAACUGACCACUUCAAUAACUGACCAUGGGUGACACCGGUUGUGUAUGCUACGUGGGCACCAAAAAAGGCAACUAUUCUGAAAUUUUUUAACUUUGGUGUAACAACAAACUGGACCUUCUUCGCGGAUGUGGAUCUGUAGUGUUUGAAGCGCCCUGCAAAUACCCUGAUGUUUGCGUGUAAUACGCCCGACGGCAAGGACUUCCGUGACAAGGGCGCGCAUCAUCUGCGGAUGUUAUCGUUGGUUCAGAUGGUCACAAGCGUGCCCUGCAUUGUCGUCGGCAUUGCUUCAAUGGGUGUCGCUUUGACAAAUCCAAACUACCCUCAAAUAAAUGGAUAUGCUCUCAUCACAGGGAUAUUAGUCCUCGUUGGAAGUAUAUCCGGCCUGAAAGCAACCACCAAUGCCGUCUUGGAGAAGGAUGAACGUCGGGUCAAAAGACACGUUUUGGUGAACUAUGUCAUGAACAUCCUGUGCCUCACCUUUGCCUCGCUGCAAUUCUCGGUCACUGGUUGGGCAAUAGGUGAAUGUAUUUCAACCAAUCCGGACGCCGCUAUCAAAUGUGAGCCGUACACAACUGUCAAUGUCGUCCUUGGUAUUAUCGUUAUCAGUCUGGGAGUAAUUCUCUUCAUCACCUGCCUAAUAGGAACAAUCUUCUUCUGCAUCUACGCUCGUUCGUUUGGAUUCGUAAAUCACUAUGGGACAAUGCAAAAGCAGAUUGACACAUUACGAAAACAGUUAGACGAACAGGAGUCGAACAACCACGUUAAGAAGGCCUACGAAGCAUUUGGGAGCAAGGGCCCUUGAAAACGUCCUUGUGUUGUGACUUUUGUGGUAGUUUUUGACAAAAAUGUGUUAUAUUUACUUGUGAUAUGAUAUCUGCGCACACAUAGUUCAAUAUUAUUUUUACAUGAAUGCGGAUAAGCACUGACUAUGAAAUACUGUAUCUCAUAUUGAAUCGCUAAUUUAUUUUUUCUAACAGCAGGCGUUCUUUCCAAUCUAAAAACGUUACAUUCUAUAUGAAGCGUGUAUGUGUGGCCGAUGUAGUUUUUGUAUAUAUUUGUUUUAAUUUCAUUUUAGGUUUUUACAUAUAUUUAUUACAUAGAACUAGUUGUCAGUUUCAGUCAGCUUUAACAAAGUGUACCUGACCUGUCUUACCUACUAACUGUCCCAUGGCCAGAAGCUUCAUUUGCUGAUUGGCCAAGCUAACACCUAUUGUUAAACUGCAUGCUUUGAUUACACUGCAUACUCUCUCAGCACAUGAACUGACAGAACUGCUAAGACCAGCAAAGCAUAAAGAGAUAAUAUUAAAUCAGGUGAGUUAAAUGGUUAUAAUCUCUAUCUUGUGUUGUAUUGAAAUAAUACAGUAUGUUUAAAGUGUUAUAUGAAGUAAACUAAAUGCAUGUAAUCUAACAUAAAUGUUGAUCAUGUCUAAAUAUUUAAAUCUGCAUAAGAUAAGCUAAACACCCAUACUUUAUCACUUAAAUGUAUUCUAUCACUUCAAUGAAAUAUGUGUGAAAGUGUUUUACUUCAAGAGUGUUUUAAAAAGCUUUGUAAUGUACAGAUUCAGAUGUGAUACAUGCAAAUCAUUGUAAAUGAAAUGUGUGUUUUACUUUGUUCAAUAUAUUUAAUGUUAAAUAGUGUUUUAGUCUAUGUACUGUUUAUUCAGAUCAUCUAUGGUGUUGCCAUACGUGUGGAAGUUGGGAUCCACACCCUUGUAUCACCCACAGGGUAUGCAUUGUGUUAUUUAUAUUUGUCUAAGACUUACGAUGUAAUCUUAUUGUGAUGACAACAUUUAAUGUAAGAUCAUAUCAUUAAUUUCUGUCUUAAAGUAUUGUAUAUGUUUAUGCAGAAUGUGUAAGCGUUAUGUAUAUAUAUUGUGUAUAUAUUAUAGUCAAAUGAAAGUCAAGGAGUUAUCUCCCUUGAAUGUCGGUAUUGUGGAUCAUGUAUAUUAUACUGUAUAUGUUCUAGUAUAAUCGUUUAAGGUUCAGUCUAUCUAGUGUUUGAUGGAUGACUGAUAUAUGUAAAUACUUACUUGUAAUAAGCCUAUGCUGUGUAUCUAGCAGUAAUGGUAAUGUUUCACUUAUUAUUUAUUGUGUAAUUAUGUGUUUCCGGGUGUAUGCUAUCUAGAUCCUUGAUCACACUCAUCGCAUCGCAAUAAAGACCUCAACCCCGUA